UCGUGGGGCAGGUAUGGAUGGUAGCACGAGUUGGAACGUGACAUGUUCGUGCGCACCAGGAAAGGUGCAGAUGAGGUGCUCAUGGCUCCGUAGUCUGGUGAGGUGACUGUAUGCAGCAAGAUGAACGAGUUUUCCACGGAUAAUACUUCCAAACGGCUCGACACAGGCCGUCUAUGCAAUUUUGGUGCUGAGUCUGGCUGGAGAGAACGUUGCUCACAGAGUCAGACUACGAAGCUUUUGUUUGGGGCGCGCUCCGGUGUUACUGGUAUAGGCAGACGCUGGCCGGUGGCUGACUGCUGGAAGUCGGUGUCGGAUUCGCGUUCGCGGUCGGAUGCCGUCUCACUGACACUCGUUUACACUCUGUGCUGCGCUGCACGGAGUAGGCGUUAUGAAAGGGCAGGGCAGGGCAGGGUAGGCAGUGCAGGAAGUUUUAAGGGCGUCCGUUGUCGGUGAUGAGCGUCUGCCGACAGGAACAAUGCGAGUGCCACUACACAAGAGAUCACGCCGGUCCGGGGCCGUCGACCUUAUGCCGGUCACCAGGAGACGAGGAACAACAAGUCUGCAGACUGCAAUUAUGGGCG